UUAGCCCAAAGUGAAAAAUCCAGGCGAAGUGCCACACUGGUUGACCUACCCUGGUAGACUACCAAGACUGGCAAGUGUCCGUCACUGACCUCUUCGCCGGAGGGGUCAGAAGGUGCAGUCUCACCUCCGCCACUCUUUGCCGCCCCCAGCAGCCUCAGCAGCGGCAGCAGCAGGAGGCACAACAGCGGCAGCAGCAGCAGGCAAAGCAGUUGUGGCAGGAGUCGGAACAGCGGUGGCAGCAGCAGCAGCCCCAGCAGCGGCAGCAGCAGCAGCAGCAGCAGCGGCAGCAACAGCACCAGCAGCAGCACCAGCAGCCCAGCAGCAGAAGCAGCCCAGCAAGCUAACUAUGUAACCUGCUGCUGCAGCAGCACGUAGGUGCAUUGCAGCAGCUCCAGCACAUCAGCAGGACCACCAGCCCCAGCACCACCAGCAGCAGUAUGGCCGUCAGGGGAAGCGCAGACGGGAGGGCGCAUGUUUUUGCCCACGCACGCGUACCACGGCCAGAUAAUGAUAUUCAUUGGGAGGAUAGUGAGGAUACUCGAGCCGUGUCUUCUACGAAAUGCAGCUGCAGGUGGAAAGCACUGCGCGAUCAUCAUAUCCUGUAGAAGUAAGUUGUCCUCACUGCUGCUGCAAGCUGUUAACGUUUCUGUACGCACGUAGGACUGAUAAGCUACGAUGUAAACGAGCUGCACUGCGCAGAUGCUAGCUAUUUGCGACUGAGCGACUGGUAAGCACGCUAUAUCACACGGUCUUCUCCAUUGGACGUGCCGAGACAAAAGUUAGAAAUGGAAGCCAGUGGCACUGAUGUAGCGGCUGCUGUUGCUGGUGGUGGUGGCGCUUCUGCUGCUGAAGCAGCUUCUGCGGAAAGCAACACUACGAGUACUCCAAGUUCUUGUGCUAUUGAUGCAGCUUCUGCAGAUUCUGGUGGCUUGGGUACAAUGGCUGUGAGAGUGCCACCGGGAACUGGCUGGCGGCAUGCUGGAACAGCAUGUCCUGAGUGCAAUAAAGCUCUUCGCAUACCUAGAUUGCUGGAUUGCCUGCAUACCGUUUGUGAAGAUUGUCUACGUCCACUUUUGCAGCCUGUACGAUGGAUGAUUGUCUGUCCAAUAUGUCGGCAAGAAACAAAGCUGCCACCUGCAGGCUUCUCUGUUAUACCCAUGAACUGGGUGGCCAGUGCUCAACAGCGAGAGCAGUUUGCACAGAUCAGCAUUGGCGAUGUUGCAGGACCCUCUGAUGUUGCACCGCUGUGCGAGGAAUGCAUUCAGGAAGAAGAGAGCCCAGCUGCAGGCGUGUGCAUUGAGUGCCGUGUGUUUCUGUGCUCUGUGCACAUGCGUGCGCACAUGCGCAGUCGUACCACCAAGUCACACUCUAUCAUUGAUCAGAAAGAGAAGCUGUCGCCCGGAGAAGUCCGCGGUGAGUUUUGCGGUGCAGCAGUGAUGUGCGGUGUUCAUCCUCACCGGCCCAUUCUCGGCUUCUGCCGUGACUGCAAACGCACAUACUGUGUGAACUGCCGCAAUCUGAGUCAUGUCGAUCACGAUCUGGUGGAGAUGCAUGAUGUGGGACCCAUAUUCAAGACAGCACUCAGCGACCGGCAUAGUUCUGUCAAAGAUAGGCUGCUACCGAAUUUCCAGCUGGCGGUAAAGGACAUUGAUAACGCACUGGAUAAACUAGAAGAUCGUUCACAGGAGAUCUCAAUAAAGAUCACAGAGUGGGUCAAUGAGCAGGUACAGGCACUACGAGCCAUGGAGAGACAAGCACUCACUGCUGUGUCAGACCUUCGUGCGCAGAAAGAGGCUCCGCUUGUGCAGACGCGACAGGAGCUGAAUAACGUGGUGCAGAAGAUCUUUCAUUGCACACAGCUAACGGAAGAAACCCUUGCUUUGGAGAAUAAUGCAGAGAUGCUGGACAUGUACGUGGCCAUUGACAAUAGAAUGCAGAAAUUGCAGUCUGAAGAAGAGAAGACUGCCAUGCUGGACCUUGACAAGUUUGAUUUCCUGCAGUAUUCUCCGAAUGCAGACCUGCAGCUGCAGCUGCAGCGUGGCAUUGGUACAGUUACCAAUCAGCCAGCAUGUCCACAACUCAGCUACAUCACCAGAGAGAUGUGUCCGCAAGCUGAUGGUGACCAGCACAUACAUUUGACAGUGCAGUUACUUGGUCAAGACGGGGAGCCGUACGAGCCCGGUAUUGAUGAAAAGUGUUUGACGGUGUCUGCUCAUUCUCCACUCUCCAAGCCUGUAGACAUCAAGGUUGAGUCGUGCCAGCGAGGCAAGUUUAUUGUGACGUUCCUACCCACAGCGUUUGGUGAGUAUGUGGUUGAUGUGCGCCUCAACAGCUUGACUAUCAAAAACAGCCCAUAUGCUGUGUGUGUGCCACUGCGACUGCUCAGCAUUGACGGACAGCGGUGUAUGGAGAUGUCUGAUGAUCGUCGCACUGCUGAGUGUGCCCGCCUUGGUGACUGUGCAGUGACAGGCAAUGCAGUGUUGCGAGAGGGCCGCCAUACAUGGCGAGUCGAGGUCCAGCUGCCAAUGUCAUCAGCGCUAGUCAUUGCUGUGGGGGUCAUAGCAAUGUCAGCAGACGGAGCAGGAUGUAAGCUAUACCAGGCUCACACUUGGCGAUCAGACGGCAAGUGCACGAAAAGCGAUGGCAGCCUUGUCCACACCAGCUUGGGAAGGUGGAUGAGUGGAGAUGUCUUCAUCCUUGAAAUGGACUGCGACCGACAUGUUCUCACCUGCACCCUGGAGCGAAAUGGUGUUCGCGACUCACUGUACGGCAUUCUCUCUGUCGUGCGACCAUUCUUCUUCAUGCAAGACGUUAAUCAUGCUGUUCAUGUUUUGUCACCUUAGCAUGCGAGGUGACAGCCAUAUUUCCAAAUUACUUCAAAAAGAUUUUGCUUAUCGUUGCCAUUGAUUUGAGGAUUCAUGGUUCUUUUAUGUUUAUUUCACUACUAGUAAAACCUUUCCGCAAGCCCGAAAUAUUCAUAUUAUUUCUUCAAUACUAGAUUGUGUGAGACUCAUGAGCAAAGCUAACGGUAAAGUUCUGACGGCAUGAGCUGCAAAUGAACUGAAGAGGAAUUGUACUAGAGAGUUUGUUUAUGUACACACACAUCCGUUCGUGUGCCUGUCUGUGUUUGUGUGUGCAUGCGUGCAUAGUGGACAACACAGCUCCAAACCUGCCCAAAAGUAGGAGCAUGUGUGUGCUUUAGGGCAUUGGUGUAUGACAGCUUUACUGGCGGUUCCAUCUGAAUGCUAUCAUGCUAUGGCUGUGGUGCCACUGGAGACGUCCUCACUUCUUUUUUUAACGAGAGAGCUUGGAAGCUCAGGGCCUACGCUAUGCUUUUUUGCCUAGCUCAUCAUGCAUGUUAUCAGAACUGCCCCUCAUAAUCGGAUUUUCUGGCCUUUUUGUAGUAAUACAUGUACAUUGACCUGCUGAGCCAACGAGGUAAAAUUAUAUUCCAUACAAUACGAUACAAUAAUUAUAAUAAUACUAUAAUGUC